AUGAGUAAAGAAAAGCCUAAUGGGCCGGGCUUUUGUGGGCAGGCUAGGUCGGGCUUUCUUAAGCUUAACCGGGCAGAGCCUAUGGGCCGGGCUGGGCUUCAGACACCCAAGCCCAAGCUCAGCCCAGCCCAAGGCUGGCCGGGCCAUCUCAAAGCCCAUAACGGGUCGGGCUGGGCUUUUUUUUGA